AACGGGAGCGUGGCGGGAAGAAGGAGGGCGACCCCAACGCCGGGCGCUUCGUGCGCUACCAGUUCACCCCGGCGUUCCUGCGGUUGCGGCAAGUGGGAGCCACGGUGGAGUUCACCGUGGGGGAGAAGCCCAUCAGCCACUUCCGCAUGAUCGAGAGGCACUACUUCCGGGACCAGCUGCUCAAGAGCUUCGACUUCCAGUUCGGCUUCUGCAUCCCCUCCUCCAAGAACACCUGCGAGCACAUCUACGAGUUCCCCCAGCUCUCCGAGGACCUCAUCCAGGAGAUGGUCCGGCACCCCUACGAGACGCAGUCGGACAGUUUCUACUUUGUGGACAACAAGCUGGUGAUGCACAACAAGGCCGACUACUCCUACAGCGGGGGGGCCUGAUGCGGCGCGCCCCCCCCCCACUCCCCCUCCCGAUGGGGGCCCGGGAGCCUCGACUUGCCAGG